AUGGGAGACCUUUUGUCUUUAUUCUGGGAGGUGGACCCCCCUCCCAUGCCCAUCAGUUUUGCCAUCCCGAGUCAGGAUGCCGAGUGCCGGAAGGAUGAGUCUUGUGGGACCAUAGGCAGUUUCCUGCUUUGGUAUUUUGUCAUCAUACUGAUCCUCAUGCUCUUCUCUCGGGCUUCCGUCUGGAUGUCUGAGAGCAAAAGGGAUGAAGACAGUGGGACAAGUGCUUCAGUGAGUAGAGCAAGCAAAGAAACUUCCUAUAAGCGACAAAGUAAAGAUGGACCCUGGGACUCCUCACAAGUGAUGAAGAAACCAAAGCAGAACCAACUUUCCACGGUAACUGACUCCGAAGUGGCUUUGGUGAAUGCCUACCUGGAACAAAGAGGAGGUAGGCGCCAUUCCCAGUUCCACCGGGUGAAUCAGACCCAGCAAGACAGUGAUAGCACUGAGUGUGAUAGUGAGGAGUCUAACUCUGGAGCCUCCUCGUGGAAGGAGAGUGAAAGUGAACACCAUCCAUUGCCCACCAGUAUCAAGAGGAGAAAACCAGUGUCAAGGCCAAGAGAGGUGGUAGAAAAUUACCAAAUCAGAGAAAGGCCCUGCCUGCACUGCAAAGCCAUGAGAACCAACGAAUGGUUGACACGCCACUUCCCACCAAGCACUUCAGUAACAACCCCCAUGAAGGGAGAGAUUCAAGAGGAGAAUUUGACACCUAGCAUCAACACAAAAUUAAGUAAAUUUUGAAUUUUGGCAUCCUUACCUUACUUGAAGUCAAAAGAAGGAGAUGAAUAAAACGUGUGGGUGAGGAGACAUUUACAAUAAAGCCUCUUUGCUAACAGCGAAAGUAUAAUUGGAACUCAAGAGGUCAAAUUUCAGACAAAUUCAUUGUUCAAAACAAGGGCAGAGAAUUUUU